AUGGAGCCAGAAGAUCCGUCGCCGGAUACGCGCGCCGAGGAGGGCCUCCAGAGCUUCUCGUGCCUCGUUUGUCGCCAGCGCAAGGUGCGGUGCGACCACGCCCAGCCAUGCGGCAACUGCAGGCGCGCCAAGAUUGACUGCGAGUACGUCGCGCCGGUGCGGGGGAAGCGCAAGAGGGCAAAUGCGCCGCGCGAGACCCUGCACGCCAAGCUGCGACGCUAUGAGGACAUGCUCAAGACGCGCGGCGUUGAUGUGGCGGAGCCGACGAGCGCGGUGCGAGCCGCAUCGCAAGACGGCGUAUCUGAGAGCAAUGACACGGUGGAAUCACCCACCAGCCUUUCAGUGCCCACGCCUGGAGAGGAACCUGCUGCGCCGAUGGGGUUUCGCUCCGCACUGAUCAAGACGCCGGGGACUGGGCCAAGAUUGGUCACCAAGGAGGGUAACACGCGAUAUUACGAAAAUAGCAGUCUGUGGACGGACAUACAUGACGAUUUUCACCACCCCGAUGAUAUUAUUGUCUCUGACGGCGAUGAUGACGAGGAGCGCGAGGCCGAUCUCUUCCUCGGAGCAGGCUCCCUAAGUAACGCGUUCAAUGGGCAACUGCGCGACUGGCACCCUCCGAUGGCUGUCCUGUGCACACUCAAGGACAUAUACGUUGACCGAAUCGACCCGCUCAUGAAGAUUAUGCACAUGCCGACAUUCUGGACAUCGGUGCUACAAGCAGUAGAGCGAGGAGAAGAAGUAUCGAAACCUAUUGAAGCAAUCAUCUUUUGCUUUUAUUUCGGAACUAUCAGCAUUCUUCAGGAAAAGGAAUGCGAGAAACUGUUCAAACAAAGCAAAAAAACCUUAUUUGCCAAGUACCGAGCUCUCGCUAGGCAUACGCUGAAGAAGGCUGAACUGAUCAGCACGUCCAGUCCGAUGACUUUGAGGGCGUUCUGUGUUUUCUUGAUGGGACUGCGCGGUACCAUGCGAUACGAGUCGCAGUACGUACUGUGCGGGGUUGCUCUUCGACUGGCUCUGAAGAUGGGUUUACACCGCGAUGGUACAUCCCUCGGCCUGUCUCUAUUCGAGACAGAAAUGAGAAGACGUCUAUGGUGGUACAUUGCACACCUAGACUUUCGCACAUCAGACUUGCUUGGCGCCAAGCCAUCGCUAGAUAUUCACAUAGGCGACGUACACGUGCCUUGGAAUGUGGAGGAUGAAGACCUGCAGCCGUCCAUGAAAGAAGUGCCGAAGAAUCGCAAAGCGAUUACGUCCAUCACCAUGUGCCUCGUUCGCUGCGACCUCGCCAAAUCGCUACAACGUCUGUCGGGCACCUUUACAACCGUGGCUUCGUGGGGCGACAUCGGCUCCAACUCCAACGUGACACUGGAAGACAAAGACGCGCUCAUCAACGAGAUUGAAGACAAGUUCGAGACAAAAUACCUCCGCUACUGUGAUCCUUCACGGCCGCUCGACAUCCUGGUGACCUGCAUGAUCCGCGCUGCCAUCUGCAACACACGGCUCUUUGCGCACAACCCGCGACGGUUCGCAGAUGCUGGUGGACAAGUCACCGAGGCGGAGCGAGACACGGCAUUCUACAAUGCCUCGAAGCUGCUCGAGUACGCAACCCUGGUGGGCGAGAAUCAGUCUCUGCGCAAGUAUGAGUGGCGCAUGAACUCGACGUAUUUGUGGGAUAAGAUCCUCUUUGUGCUGAUUGAGGCGCGCCGCCGAACGCCUAGCCCCGAACUGGACAGGGUUUGGGAGCUGAUUGGCCGCGUCUUUUCGCAAUACCCCGACGCGUUUGGGCAGUCGUCGGCCCAGGCCGUGUACGAGGUCCUCAGCAAGUGGACGUUGGAGGUCUGGGAUCGCUACAUUGCGGCGAAGAGAGAAGAGGGCAUGCUAGAGCCAGAUGAGCCAACUUACAUCAAGGCAAUGAAGGAAAAGAGGGAGAGCAUGAAUGAGGGAGCAGCUGUGCAGGUGAAAGAACAGGAAACUGUAAGUAAGGAGGUGCUGGGUAGUGCUCGUGAUGGUGCGCAGGCUGCAGAGGUAGUUGAAGCUGGGGAGUUUGGCGGGUUCUCGGAAUUGGGGUUGUUUGAAAUGAAUUUGAAUGAGUGGGUGAAUUGGGAGCAGCUCGUCUCUGAGCAAAAUGGCUUCUACCAUGUGGAAGGAUACUAA